GUUCGUCGACUCUUUGAGUCCUGACACUAGCGUCCGUGAUGCACACGAGGAGAGAGGAGUGAGAGAGAGAAACUCCCCACGAAUCUCGCCGAUUUUUUUUGUCACAAUUUUCUUUUUCCUUUUCUGGGGAAUUUUUUGAAAGAUUGAGCUCCGAAGAUGAUGUCCGGAGGUGGCUAUGCCUCUAUUGCCAAUCAGAAUGUCUCCGGAUCCGUCCCGGCUGUUUCAGGAUCAGAACACGUGGCUUUGAAAUUCUCAGAUUCCGAUCUUCAGACGUUUCCCCCAAUUGAAGCUCAAGGGAAAAUUUCUGGGUCAUACCGCCCCCCAACCGACGCUGAUGAUACAUUCUCGAAGCCGGCUUCUGGAAGUGGUGGCGAAGAGAGUCAACCGAGUGGUUGGUUCAGUGUGUUUACUGUUGCAGCUUACAAACCGUAUUUCGAUGUCGAUACAUCAGACGUCUUGGAAAGAAUCCGGGAUUCCCUUGUUCCGUUCAAGGGGAAUUUCUCUGAGAGGACUGUUCACAAUCCUGACUUGUAUGGCCCCUUCUGGAUCUGCACCACCUUGAUAUUUGUAGCGGCAGCUAUAGGAACGUUUGUAACAUACAUAGCACACAAGCUGCAGAAAAAAGACUGGAGUUAUGAUAUAAACCUGGUAACGUGGUCAGCAGGACUAUUUUACGGCUACGCUACCGUUAUACCUCUCGGCCUGUACCUCAUUCUCAAGUACUUCUCAGUUCCCUCUGGCUUUGUUCAGCUGCUGUGCUUGUAUGGAUACUCGCUCUUUGUCUUCAUUCCUGCCUCUUGUUUGUCCAUUGUGCCCAUCGAAAUUUUUAGGUGGGUGGUAGCGGGCGUUGCAGGCUUCAUGUCUGCUUGCUUUGUGGCUCUCAACCUUCGGACACACAUCAAAUCUGCAGGUGAAAGAUGGUUUCUCAUUGUUGCUGCCAUCUUCUUGUUGCAGUUGGCUCUCGCUGUUGUGCUGAAACUCUACUUUUUCACCAUAACUGUUGGGUCAAACUAAAAAAUGUCAUGUUUCUCAUGGGGAGAUUGAGCAUGUACACUGGAAUUGGAGGGGCAGAGGAAUGAAGCUUUGCCUCCUGAGGCCACUUAAGUUCCAAGAUUUUGUACUCGAACUGCAAGAAUACUGUGUUGAAAAAAAGAUACUGUGUUAAAGCCUUUGCGUUGCUGGAAUUCUUUCAUUCUUGAUCCAUGUAACUUCGUUGUUCACCUUAAUAUAAUAUUAUCUUGAGUAGUUUUCUAGCUGAA